AUGUUUUACUUCAUUUGGAAAAUGUUUCUUUGCUUUCUGGUUUUGGGAAUGAUUAAAGGAGUUCUUCAAAUAGUUGCAGCUACAGAAGGACAGCAGGCUCAAGUUAGUUCACCAACACCUCAGCUCAGUGGCUGGCAGUUGGCAACCCCUUCUCUGGCUCCUGAGUUGAUAAAACUUGACGGCAUUGUGGAGGCUGAAGGGGUCAACAAGCAUUUGCUGAUACGAAGGAAGCGGUCCAUUCUGUUUCCCAGUGGAGUUAAGAUUUGCCCUGAUGAAUCUGUUGAGCAGGCUAUUGCCAACCAUCUGAAAUAUUUCAGGCUCAGAGUGUGUCAGGAAACGGUCUGGGAAGUUUUCAAGACAUUCUGGGAUAGACUACCAGAGCGUGAAGAAUAUCAGACCUGGAUGAGCCUGUGUGAGGAUGGAACGAUGAGUACCUUUGAAAUGGGCACAAACUUCAGUCAGUCUGAGGAACACCGGAGCCUGGUUGUGAAGAAACUGUCCUAUAUAAAGGAAGCAAUGGGCAGCUCCUGCACUGAUUGGUCAUGUGGUGCUGGAUCUCCAACUCCAGCUUCAGAUGCUGAUGUUACCACGUUGAGAGAUGCAGCUGCCAAUGUUCCUCCCCCUCAUGAGAUUGCUGUUGAGAGUCCUGUGGGUGGUGCUGUCCCUGAGAUCGAAGAUGAAGACACUACUAUCAAUAAUGAAAUAAAGAAGCAAGAUGAGAACCUAGUGACACCUGAAACUGAACAGAUGAUUGAGUUCAGCAUUUUGAUUGUUGGUGAAAUGUACAGUGAGGAUCUGAGAGACCCAGCUUCUGCAAAGAGUCAACUGCUCUCUGAACAAUUAAUUUCACAGAUUAAAAGUGUAUUUGAAGGACUACCUGGAUACAAAAGCGUCCGUGUCCUGGAUUUCAGCUCUCCUGAGGAUGACAGUGGGGUGCAAGUUCACUAUGCUGUCACGUUUGAUGGAAAAGCCAUCAGCAAUGCCACCUGGGACCUGAUUAACCUUCAUUCCAAUAAGGUGGAGGACAACUCCUUUGCAGGCGUGGAGGACGAUCCAGCCACUGUGUACACCAUCAGUGAUUUCCGAGAUUAUAUUGCCGAAAUCCUCCAGAGAAAUGCCUUGCUUGGGAACGCUUCCUUGUCUUUAGACCCCAACUCUCUCCAACUUACUAAUGUGAAAGAAAUAAUACACCCUACACCAGAAGACCCAUCCUGGAUUACUGAGGAUCCAGUUGUGCUGGAGCACCCUGAGUUCGAUGACAGCACCUUUUUAGCUGAACGGCCUUCAGCAGAUGAAUCAACUGUCAGCAAUACCUUGCCCUUUGAUUUCACCAAACCAGAUUCCACUUCCGAUAGUGAACAGUCCAAUGACAAUGAAAUCCGGCCAAGACCAGAAAAUCUGGACUCUGAGGCCAGUUUGGCACCUGAAGCUCCGCUCUCCUCAGAGGCUGACAUCACUUCACUGCCUGAUGGGCUGAAUUUAGAGGAUGGGAAUCAGAGUCCUCAUUUGGUCACUACACCAGUGUUAGGGCCUGAUUCUGUGGACUCUCUGGAAUGGCUUUCAGCCUCCAAUUCUUUGGAUGUGUUUGAAGAUACUGGACUAUCUGAAGAUCUUCUGUUGCCUUCAAGUCCUCCAUACCUCGUGCCUGAAGAACCUCCAUCUACAGAUGAUUAUGCAGUUCCUCCACUUCCUGCACCAACAGUGGCCUCUUCAUCAGUCGUAGAGACUGAUAUUAAAGUAUCUGCUGAGGAAGAAGAAGUAACUCAGGGAAGUCCUGCAGGCAGUAACAAUGCAGACUCUGUGCUGCAUGAGUCUGUGGAAGAAACUGGUUUUCCCUUAGAAGUGCAGCCUAUGGAAGAGGAAACUGAUAUAUAUCUUGGAGACAAAGUUGUAUAUGAUGAUGGGUCUGGUUCAGCUUUUGAUGGUUCGGGAAAAGAAAUGGAAUCAAGUAUUUGGCCUUGGGGAGAAGCAACACUGGAACCAGUUUUCUACCCUGGUCCUGAUAGCUGGCUUGAAGGUGACAGUGAGUCUUCAUUAAUCAAAACUGAGGAUAUUCCUGAAGGCAUGAAUUUAGAUUAUAUUCUUAAUUCUGGGAAUAAAUUAGAUUAUGAUCCUUCCAAAGAUGAUGAUGAAGGUAUGGCCAAUUUCCUUGAUGAGUCUGAAAUAUUUGUCUUUCCAGAGACUACAACUCAGCAGAUACCUCUGUUACAGACAGAAGAACCAUCAUCCAUGGAACCAUCUACACAGACAGAAACAUCGACCAUGUACACUUCUUCUUUUGUUAAACCUACCUUGGUUUUGGAGCCUUCAGUGGACCAUUCCUUUGUCAACAUGCCAACUGGAGAGGGUCCUGUCUCACCACACAAUACGGAUUUGUCUGUGGAAGAAGGCAUUCUUCCAUCUGCAGGGACAGUCAAUACGGAGCAACCUGAAGGGUUCAGUGUAGGUCAGAACAUAAUUUCUGAAGCAGUUGAACAGCAAAAUGAAGACAGGACAAUGGUAGAAGAACUAUUCACAGUGGGGCAAUCAGAUGUAACUGAAGCUGCUGCAGUAGGCCACUUAGAUACAAGUUAUUCAGAAACUAUUCUGACUGAAGAAAACCCCAACGCUUUCACAGAAAAACCCGAUGCUUUCACAGAAGAACUGCAAACUCUAGAUUCAUCAGUGGCAGGCCAAGACACUACUGGAUCUGCAGUGAAGAAACCAGCUGAUGUUUGGCCUACUGAUAGAAGACUAGAAAACUCAUUAGAUCAGACAGCACAAUCAGCAACGUUGACUGCCACUCAAGUUUCAACUGCAGUUACUUCUGUAAUAGAUCAGAACACUGUUUUAGAGGGCUUCACUGUGCAGGAAGCUACAGACCAUGACACGCAUGUUUCCAUGACCUUCAGUACUGUUACAAACUCUUAUGUAAUGAGUGUAACAACAUUACCUGUUGAGUUUCUGUCCCGACUCCCUCCUGUGGGAUCUAUGGCAUCAUCACCUGUGGCUACCUCAACAAAGCUGGGAGAUGAAACAACAAGAGUCCUGGAUGUUUCAGUAGACCUGGAUCAUGUGAGCACUGUCCAAUUUUCUCCUGAGCUAACUGAGGAGGGAAGGAGAAUGACUGAAGGUCACGUGGAGCUAACAACGCGUGUCCAGUCCACACAGAUGGCAGGUGUGGCUUGGGCCACACAUGAAAAUCAUGAUAGCACUACUGUCCCAUCACGAGCUCUAGUUGUGUUUUUUAGUCUUCGGGUUACCAACAUGAUGUUUUCAGAGGAUCUGUUCAAUAAAAACUCUCCUGAAUAUAAAGCAUUGGAGCAGCGAUUCUUGGAACUGCUGGUGCCCUACCUUCAGUCUAAUCUGACAGGCUUCCAGAACCUAGAAAUCCUGAACUUCAGAAAUGGCAGCAUCGUGGUGAAUAGUCGAAUGAAAUUUGCCAAACCUGUGCCUCGGAAUGUCACUAAUGCUGUGUACAUGAUCCUGGAAGACUUCUGCAAUACUGCCUAUCACACCAUGAACCUGGCCAUUGAUAAAUAUUCCCUGGAUGUGGAAUCAGGGGAGCAAGCAGAUCCCUGCAAAUUCCAGGCCUGCAAUGAGUUCUCUGAAUGCUUAGUAAAUCGCUGGAGUGGGGAAGCUGAGUGUGUCUGCAAUCCUGGCUACCUGAGCAUUGACGGGCUGCCGUGCAACAGCAUUUGUGACCUGCAGCCAAACUUCUGCCUCAACGACGGGAAGUGCGACAUAAGCCCAGGGCAAGGGGCCAUCUGUAGGUGUCGUGUGGGAGAGAACUGGUGGUACAGAGGAGAGCACUGUGAAGAAUACGUGUCUGAGCCACUGGUCGUGGGUAUUGCAAUUGCUUCUGUGGCAGGGUUCCUUCUUGUGGCAUCUGCUGUCAUCUUCUUCUUGGCCAGGACCCUUCGAGACCAGUACACAAAGAGUGACACGGAGGAAUCACAAGGGCAGGGUGACAGCCUCUCGUCCAUUGAGAAAGCAGUCAAAUACAACCCCAUGUACGAAAGUGAUACAACCGGCUACAGCCAUUAUUAUCGGAGAUACCCUCAGCUAACAUCCUACAGUUCCACCAGUGCAGAGACCUCCACAGACUACAGCAGUGAAGAGAUCAGGCACAUUUAUGAAAACAGUGAACUUACUAAGGAGGAAAUUCAGGACAGAAUCCGAAUUAUAGAGCUCUACGCUAAAGACCGUCAGUUUGCAGAGUUUGUUAGGCAGCAUCAAAUGUGA